GUUGUGUUCUUCUUUUGGUAUAUGUCGAUGACAUUAUUAUUACAGGAAUUGAUUCUUUACUAAUCACUAGCCUGCAACAACAACUUAAGGAUUCUUUUCAUAUGAAAGAUCUUGGUACUCUUACAUAUUUCUUCGAUUUGAAAGUUCAUCAUGAUUCAUCCGGUCUUCAGGAUUCCUCCUCCAUGGAUACUCCAUUAGAAUUGAAUGUAAAGUAUUGCCGAGAGGAAGGCGAUCUUCUUCCUGAUCCAACUAUAUUUCGGAAACUAGUUAGGAGCUUAAAUUACCUUACUAUUACCAGUGAUUCUGAUUGGGUGGGAUGUUCUGACACUCAUCGUUCAGUUACUGGUUGGUGCAUGUUUCUUGGAGAGUCUUUGAUAUCUUGGAAGAGUAAGAAGCAAGACCGCGUGUCAAAAUCUUCAACAGAGGCUAAAUAUCGAGCAAUGUCUACUGCUUGCUCCGAGAUUGUAUUGCUACUAAUCCGGAUUACCAUGAGCGGACACAUCAAAGUAGACUGUCAUUAUAUACGAGAAGCUGUAGAUAAAGGUGUCAUUACUCUUCCGCACGUUUCCAGUGAUAUUCAAAUAGCUGAUGCAUUUACAAAAUCAAUGGCACGACAACGACAUCAGUUUCUAGUCGGCAAAUUGAUGCUUCUUGAUCUACCAGCAUCAAUUUGA